CUACGGCUCGGGGGCCGGCGGCGGCGGCGGCGGCGGCGGCGGCGGCGGCGGGGAGCUGGGAGGCGAGAAGCCGGGAGCGCGGGGCUCAGUCGGGGGGCGGCGGCGGCGGCGGCUCCGGGGAUGGCGGCGCCGCUGCUGCUGCUGCUGCUGCUCGUGCCCGUGCCGCUGCUGCCGCUGCUGGCCCAGGGGCCCGGGGGGGCGCUGGGGAACCGGCAUGCGGUGUACUGGAACAGCUCCAACCAGCACCUGCGGCGAGAGGGCUACACGGUGCAGGUGAAUGUGAACGAUUAUCUGGAUAUUUACUGCCCUCACUACAACAGCUCGGGGGUGGGCCCCGGGGCGGGGCCGGGCCCCGGGGGCGGGGCGGAGCAGUACGUGUUGUACAUGGUGAGCCGCGCCGGCUACCGCACCUGCAACGCCAGCCAAGGCUUCAAGCGCUGGGAGUGCAACCGCCCGCACGCCCCCCACAGCCCCAUCAAGUUCUCGGAGAAGUUCCAGCGCUACAGCGCCUUCUCGCUGGGCUACGAGUUCCACGCGGGCCACGAGUACUACUAUAUCUCCACGCCCACCCACAGUCUGCACUGGAAGUGUCUGCGGAUGAAGGUGUUCGUCUGCUGUGCUUCCACAUCGCAUUCCGGGGAGAAGCCGGCCCCCACCCUCCCCCAGUUCACCAUGGGCCCCCAUGUGAGGAUCAACGUGCUGGAAGACUUUGAGGGAGAGAACCCCCAGGUGCCCAAGCUUGAGAAGAGCGUGAGUGGGACCAGCCCCAAGCGGGAACACCUGCCCCUGGCGGCGGGCAUCGCCUUCUUCCUUAUGACGCUCCUGGCCUCCUAGCUCUGCCCCCUCCCUUGGCGGGGGGACGCGGGGCUGGGAAAGGGCAGGGGGACUCUGGCCUCUCCAAGGGAAGUCCAGCUGUGGGGCCUAGGCCCCCUCCUGCUGUGGCUGGCAGUGGGGCCUGCACCGUACCUCUGUGCCCGUCCCCUUUGCCCCCGCUCUCCCCGCGUAGGGCACUGGAGUGGACCAGACGCAGGCACAGCCCCGGGCCCCGGGUGGCCCUGGGGCUCCGGGACCUUUCUCUGAUCCCUGGUACCCUCUCCUGUUGUCCCCACCAGAGACAGGUAUGCCCCGGAGAGCGCGCAUCCGAGCGUGGGAGGCACCCCCGUCGUUCUCUUCUAGGGGCGGAACCCAGGGAGGGGACUAGAUGGGCGAGGGGGUGGCAGCGCCCACUGCCCCCUCCCCCUGUUUACAGCAAUAAGCACGUCCUCCUCCUCCCACCCCCGCCCCCAGGAUUGUGGUUUGGAUUGAAUCCAAGUUUACAAGUAGACACCCCUGGGGAGGGCGGGCAGUGGACAAGGGUGGCAACGGGUGGGCACCGGGGUGCCAGCAGGCAUGUACAGACUCUGUAUCUCUAUAUAUAAUGUACAGACGGACGACUCCCUCCCCCUCCUCGGUCCCUGACCUUCCCUGACUUCCCCUUCCAGCUUCAGACCCCUUCCCCACCAGGCUAGGCCCCCCCCCCUUCGGGGGGCCCCCUGGCCCCUCUUUUGUCUUCUGUGAAGACAAGGCCUAUGCAACGCACAGACACUUUUGGAGACCGUGAGACAACAGCGCCCCCCCUCCCCUCCAGCCCUGAGCCGGGACCCCAGUCCCAGGACCUGGCCCCGCCCACCCUCCGUGGCCCCACCCAUCCUCCUGGGCCUUUUUCAAGUGCUUUGGCUGUGACUUUCAUACUCUGCUCUUAGUCUAAAAAAAUAAACUGGAGAUAAAAAU